AUGCCGGGAUCACUUGUGCUCAGGCUGUCUCUACUAGCGAUAAUUUCAAAGGCCUUUGCGGGGGCAUUGGAACAGACAACAGCGAUUUACACGGCCCCAGGGGCGUUUCCAACCUCACUGUACUCGGAAUAUUACAAUAAUCCGACAGCGACGUCCGCCCAAGUCCAGCCAGUCAUAUCUGAUGCCGUUACCACCCCCACCCACUGCCACCCACCGCGUUACCCUCUAGAUUACACGCUCAGGCUUUCGCCCAAAUCCAGUCAAUUUCCACGAAUCCCAUCCUUCGGAGACAAUACCUGCGCACGAUGCCAGGCUGGCCUGGAAAUUGCAAAGUUUCUUGCUUUGGCUGCACCAGAGGAAGGUCCUGCAUUGGCCGUCGAGCUUUGUGAGGCCUUUGAUUUCACCACCUCCUGCUCAGCCACGUACAACAUUCUGGGACUGGGGUCAGUGAUUACCCAGGUCAUCGCUAACGCUGACGUUGGGGGCUACGAUGGACAGAUGCUUUGCUCGAACUUCCUGGGUCUCUGUGAACUUCCACCGACAUCGGCCUUAAACUUGACGAAUUGGUUUGCGAAGCCGAAACCAAACCCUCUACCUACACCCAAACAGCCCAGUGGAGAGCGCUUGAAAGUACUCCAUAUCUCUGACUUGCAUCUGGACCCUCGAUACGCAACGGGGUCUGAAGCGAAUUGUACGUCGGGCCUCUGCUGUCGCGCAGACAACUCGAACGCCGUUAGUCCAGAAACGCCGCUGUUCCCGGCUCCUCGUUAUGGCGCAUUCAAAUGCGAUUCCCCAUUCGCGCUUGUCUUGGCCGCCCUUGAAGCCAUUCCAGUUCUCACGGAAACCGAGGAGACCGGCUUCGCUUUUUCUUUGUACACAGGCGACUUGGUUUCGCAUGAUAAAGAUAACCAGUUGUCCCGUGACUAUACGAAGUGGACCGAGGCAACUGUGUAUGACUUGUUCAAGCGAAUGUUGGGCAACGGGGCUGUCUACCCAGCACUUGGAAAUCAUGAUAGCUAUAACCAAGCCCAAGAUGCUCCCCAUGCAAUCGGGCAAGGUCUUGCGCAGCAAUUCAGCUGGCGAGUAUCAUAUUCCGAUGUGCUUCCUGUGCCUUUUCUCACAUAUUAUUCUCUUAGGAAUUAUGACCAUGUUGCAGGUCUGUGGGAACACGAAGGUUGGCUAUCAUCAGAAGCCGCCAACCUUUCACGGGCACACUAUUCGGCGUACAUGGUCAAUCGGCAGGACGGGCUAAGGAUAAUCUCUUUGAACACGGAUUUGUGGUACAAAGCCAAUUAUUUCAAUUACAUCAACCUCACCGAUCCUGAUGUUAGUGGGAUGUUGAGAUUCCUAACCGACGAGUUACAGGAUGCCGAAGAUGCUGGUGAUCGAGUGUGGAUAAUCGGGCACGUUCUGAGUGGUUGGGACGGGUCGAACCCUUUGGAGAAUCCAACCAAUCUUUUUUAUCAAAUCGUCGAUCGGUUUACACCUCAUGUCAUUGCAAAUAUUUUUUUUGGCCAUACCCACGAAGAUCAGGUCUCGAUUUUCUAUGCCAACAAUGCGACGGACGCGAGCGCAGAGACAGCUGGCACGAUAGCAUGGAUAGGGCCAUCGCUGACUCCUAUCACGAAUCUAAACUCUGGUUUCCGUAUGUAUGAAGUGGACUCUGCUACAUUCGACAUUGUUGAUGCUCAUACGUGGAGGAGUGAUGUCAGCCAAUUCACUGCCCUUGACAAUCAGACCAAUGAGGGCCCAACUUACCUAUAUGAAUACAGUACUCGAGCAGUCUACGGUGCAAACAUAACUUGGGGCCAGACUGACCCAUUAAACGCGACGUGGUGGCAUCUUGUUACGGAAGCGAUGGAAGCCGACUCCUCGCUUGUUACGACUUUUCACACGCUGCAAGGUAAAACAUCCAUCAAAACAGGUAGCUGCGACGAAGCUUGUAUUGCGGCGACAAUUUGCUACAUUCGGAGCGGAUCGGCGAGUAUCGCAAAAGAAAAUUGCGAGUUGGGCUAUGGAUCUGUGCAAUCUUGA